UUCCCCCCUUUUUUAACCUUUUUGAACCGCUUUAUGACAAUUUCGUGAAUUUUAUGAUAAAGAUAAGCGUGAUAAGACCAAAUUAGUAUCGUUUACAAUUCCCGCCCCCGUUUCCCAGCAUCGCCCGGCCAGUAGCAUCGACCGGCUAUUUGGAAUGGGGACACUUUCCAGGAUCAAUUUCUGGAGGCGGCUGCUGCGCUCACAAGCCCACGUGCGUUACAUAACGGACGCCAAAAAGGUUCAGCUGAGAACGGGGCCCUCACUGCAAGAUUUCCUUCAGCCGAACUCUGCGCCAAACCCGGCACAGCAGGAGAUUUAUGUAGCAUCGCGAAAUGAGACCAUUCCCUACGUGUCCCCGGAGACACUAUCGGGACGUAGGCGAAAAGUGUUCUUCGAAGUUUACGGCUGCCAAAUGAACACCAACGAUACCGAGAUAGUGUGGUCGAUUCUAAAAUCGCACGACUAUCAGCGAACUGUUAACAUCAAGGAAGCGGACGUUGUCCUAAUGGUUACCUGCGCCAUCCGUGAAGGCGCAGAGGAUACAGUCUGGAAUCGAUUGAAGCAUCUGCGGCUCAUGAAGCGAAAUCGGGAGGCCGAUGAUACCGAGAAGCCCCUGCAGAUUGGUGUUCUAGGAUGUAUGGCGGAACGAUUGAAACAGCAGCUGGUUGAAAAGGAACACUCCGUUGACGUUGUGGCGGGACCGGAUGCCUACAAGGAUCUACCCCGGCUGUUAACCAUCGGACAACGAGGGCAGAAAGCGAUUAAUGUGCUUCUAUCACUGGACGAAACGUAUGCGGACGUUGUGCCGGUCAAGCUGGACCGGAAAUCGAAGACAGCUUACGUAUCGAUCAUGCGGGGAUGCGACAACAUGUGUACGUACUGUAUCGUACCAUUCACGCGCGGCAAGGAACGAUCACGCCCUAUCAGCUCCAUCCGAGACGAAGUGUUAAAGCUAGAGGACGCCGGCAUCCGCGAAAUAACCCUGCUGGGACAAAACGUUAACAGCUAUCGAGAUACGAGCACUACCGGUCUAUCGGAAGCAACGAGUGGACCGAAAGAAGCCUCAUUGUUGGCGCCAGGCUUUCGCACCGUUUAUAAAACGAAGAUCGGAGGACUCCGGUUCGGAGAGUUACUAGCGGAGCUAGCAGAAUGUGUCCCGGAAAUGAGAAUUCGAUUUACCUCGCCUCAUCCGAAGGAUUUUCCACGUGAUGUGCUGGAGACGAUAGCACGCUACCCAAACGUUUGUAACAGCCUACAUCUUCCGGCCCAAUCUGGUAAUUCGUCAGUUUUGGAACGAAUGCGUCGUGGCUAUUCUCGUGAAGCUUAUCUGAGUCUCGUAAGUGAGGUGCGGUCGGUAAUUCCCAGCGUGACUCUUUCGAGUGAUUUCAUCUGUGGAUUUUGUGGCGAAACGGAGGCCGAGUUUGCCGAGACGAUUUCGUUGAUCGAAACGGUGGGCUACCAUGCGGCGUUUCUGUUUGCGUAUAGCAUGCGCGAGAAGACGACAGCGCAUCGUCGGUACGUCGAUGAUGUACCGGAGCACAUAAAGCAAGAACGGUUAAGGCGAAUGAUUGUAGCUUUUCGUAAGGAAGCAUACCGGCUGAAUGAGGACUUUGUAGGACGCACAGAGUUGAUUCUCGUCGAAGGAUACAGCAAACGGUCGCGUGCCGAUCUUGCCGGACGCAAUGAUGGGAAUGUGAAAGUAGUUAUCCCCGCGGGACCGAUACGGUCUAGUCAGUCUGCCCCUCGGGACGAUUUAAAACCGAUCGGAGUGGGAGAUUAUGUGGCGGUACGAAUCCACACAGCCAAUUCCCAGAUACUCAAGGGAGAUCCUUUGUAUCACACGACCAUUCAUGAGUUUUAUUCGUCCGGUUAAUAAAGAGUAACGAUCGUU